AGAUGAAGAGAAGAAGCAGAAGAACGUCACUUCCGUAAACACAGGCACCUGCUAUGAGGAACUUGCGUGCCAGUUGUUUUUCGUUAAUGUCGUUUUUUCCUUCAUUUAUGCGUCCUGAAUAUACACGAUGUCUCAUACGAGAUCCUCAUGUACGACCUCUCGCAUAAAGAAUAACUUCGUGGGUGCGGGUAGAAGAACCGAUAAUGGAAAAGGUGGCUCUGCCGACAAAAACGCCAAGUCUGUGACCAAUCACUCCAGCAGUCCAGACAGAAGUGUGAGGGAGCGUGCGUUAAAGCAGGUCGGACUCACCAGCACCACCUUCAUCGGUCCAGCGUUUCCUCCUUCAAAAGCCACAAAGAAGAAGUCUGACAUUGAAGAUACACUGAGUGAGUUUUACAAAGAGCUUGAGAAGAUUGAUGCACACGAUGGUGCUUGUGGUAACUCAGGGAAACCACCCGUACCUAUCAACACAUCUACGAGCAAGCAGACUCGGAAGGUAAGCGAGGAAAAGGGUGUUUACGCGAGCAGUCGUGCAGGAACCGAGGGCUACCAGAAAAGCAGUGGGCCGAAACAGCCGUCCUGGUCACACUGGUAUCAAAAUGAGCCAUACUACCCCAGAAGACAGGGGCCAGCUGCUCCUGCUCAAAACCAAUGGCAUCAUUCUCAAAUAUUGAACAGACCACCAAACCCAAGAUUUCACAGACCCCCAUUCCAUUGCCCACCACCCCCAACUGCAUUCCCAAAUCCGCAAAACCCACCAUCAACCGCAAAUCCAAAUUGGAGUGGUUCGGACCCGACCAACCAAUAUCAAGAGGAGCCGCAUUUUCCAACAUUUUCUAGCUUUCCACCUCAGAAUGUAAGCAGUCACCCCUCUCAGGGCUUUUAUGGAGAUUCUCCAUACCACUUUGACAGGGACGAACGUGUUCGUAGCUAUGACGCGCACUCAGAUAAUGUACAUUUUGGAUGGUCCAGAGGGAGAGAAGAAGAAUCGUGUCACUUUGUUGAAGAUUAUGACAGAUCCAAGAGAUACGACUCCGAAAAUGAACCGUGGGACCAUGACUACCGACCUCCUGCCAACACUAAUACAUUCCAAACUUCCCUGGAUUUGGUCUUGAUGAGGGGAUUACCAGGAUCUGGGAAAUCAACGCUGGCCAGGGAGAAGCUCUCCGCUCAUCCCAACGGGCUGAUACUGAGCACAGAUGACUACUUUGCUUACAGAGAUGGGUACCGCUAUGAACCAGACCAUCUUGGUGCAGCACAUGAAUGGAACCUGAACAGAGCUAAAGAUGCUAUGCAUGAUGGCCAAUCUCCCAUUAUUAUUGAUAAUACAAAUGUCCAAGCUUGGGAAAUGAAGCCAUAUGUCAAAAUGGCCUUGGAGAGAGGGUACAAAGUGGACUUUUGUGAACCUGACACCAGCUGGAAGUGUGAUCCCUAUGAGCUGGAGAGGAGGAACAAGCACAGUGUUCCACAGGAGAAGAUCGCACAGAUGAUGGACCGUUUCUCAUUUCCAAUAUCUGUAGACAUUGUCAUGAGAUCACAGGAGCCCGCUCACGUGACCCAGAGACCUCAACCAGAGCAGCCACAGAUGAUGAGGAAGAACCAAGAUUUCUGUUAGUUUUUCACAGCAAUUUUACCAGCUAAAUAAUUUGCUUGGAAGAAGACAACCUUUUGUAAUAGAGUUAGCUACUGUUUCUACGAGAUUUUUUAAUCAUUAUUUUUUCUAAAUUGAUGUAAUGGAAGAGAUACAUUUUUUCUCAAACUGUUUUCAUAAUUAAAUUUUCUUACGUAACGCCUUUGCUUUGAAGGAAAUCUGCUUUAUUUUUGUAUGUAAUGAUUGGUAUUUCAGACUUGUCCUUUAGCUGAUUGUGUGGGAAUGUGGAAACCCCCGAAACCAAGUUGUCCUGAUCGGCCUCCAAAUCAGCAGAGGAUCUGCUAUAUGUUGUUUUCUGGUAAACAACAAGUGUCAUAGUUAAUUUACCUCUUUGGUCACGCCAACAUGUUUUGGUUUUAAGCCGAGCAGUUGUUUUUUGCCGAAUGCCUGUAAUGGAAAGGCCAUUUUCCAUUCCUCCCCCAGGAAGUGCCAAAUAUCCAAACAUUAAAGGCACGCAGGAGCGUGUUAUGCAUUGUGGUGUAUGCACUUGUAUUAAAUGACUGUAUAUUCUCAA